UUUGGGCCGUACUGAAGAAAGCUUGCUUCUUUCUGUCGCAUUCGGGAGGGGGUGGGUGCUGCUGCGGCGGCGGCGGCGGCUGACGGGCACCACGACAAUGAAAGGCGCGCUGGCCAGCCCCGUGGCCGCCGCCACAACUAUGCAGGAGAGCUUUGGCUGCGCCGUCGCCAACCGCUUCCACCAGCUGCUCGAUGAUGAAUCCGACCCUUUCGACAUCCUCCGGGAGGCAGAGCAGCGCAAGCAGCAGAGCAAGAAGCGCGAAGAAGCGGCUUUUUCAACCGGCAGAAAACCUGGCCCCGGAGGAGUCGCUGCCGCCACCUCUAUCAAAAGAGAAUCCCAGAAGGAGCGAAGAGGCUCCCCGUUCUUGCAGUCGGAGAGCCCCCCAGCACCCGGCCAAAAGCGAGCUCCAAAAAGGGGAGAACAACAAGGUUGGAAUGAAAACCGAGGUACAGAGAUAAAACAAGAUAAAGCUGAAUGGAAACCUUUCAGGGAAUACUGUCCUCAUGAAAUGGAAAGACAAGCAGAGUUUAUACUAGAAAGACCAAUGGAGCGCUUUGAUCGGGAAAGGCCAAUGAGAGGUCGUGGGGGAGGAAGAGGCGGAUUGCAGGGCAGAGGUAGAGGUGGUAGUAUGAACAGGACCUUCAAUGGCUUUGAUCAAAGAGGGAAGCGGGAAUUUGACCGGCAGAGCGGGAGUGACAAAACAGGAAUCCGUGCAGAAGAUAAAAGGGGCGGAAGUGGACCACGUAACUGGGGAACUGCUAAGGAUGAUAUGAGUGAGCUGGAACAGACUGCUCCUAUGGAAGAGACUGGAGAAACAGAAGAGAGCUCAGGAACACCCGACGGAGAACCUCCAAUGAAAAUUGCUGAAGGAGAGCCAGUGGAUGAAAUAGUUCAAGAGAUGACAUUGGAUGAAUGGAAAAAUCUUCAAGAACAAAAUCGACCAAAGCCCGAAUUCAACAUCCGGAAGCCCGAAACCACUGUUCCUUCCAAAGCAGUGGUAAUUCAUAAGUCAAAAUAUAGAGAUGAUGUGCUGAAGGAAGAUUUUGAGGAUGAUUCUCACUUUUCCCGAAAAGCAGCAAAUGACAUCACUUCUCAACUGGACAUUAACUUUGGGAAUCUGCCUCGUCCUGGAAGAGGAGCCAGAGGAGCACGAGGAGGUCGUGGGCGUGUCCGAAGAGUUGACAACUCAUGGCCAAGGCCAGGAGUGAUGAUGCGUAUUGCUGCUCCAAACCCAGAUGACCCCGAGGAUUUUCCUGCUUUGUCUUGAAAGAACUUAGUGACACCUCCAAAAUAGCUAUGGAAAUACUAUGUUGCUGUAGAGGAGAACCACUCAAGUCUACAGAGAGAAAUGACUUGCGUGUGUGAAUUUUGCACUAUUAUGUUAAGACAUACCCAGUGGGUUUGGAGGAAAGUUCUAGUAACACUGGUUUUUGAUUAGUUGUAUGAAGGCUUUAUGGUAUCACGUGAGGAAUUUCAAAUAAAAAUUCAGGAUGAUGGUGUCAAACAGGUAGAUGGAUGAGUCUUUGUCCCUUUUAUCACAAAUGUAAACCAUAUUAGAUGGUUUGGGGACAACAUGUUUGGACUAGUUGUUUUCCAGGUUCACCAAGUGAAGUGUGUAUUUGCCAUACUUAAAAUUACAAUUUUCAGAAGUAGGGUAAUGCUCUCACUGGUUGAGGUCAGGGGUGCUAUUUUUACAUAUUUUUAUCAUUUAAUAUAGAAAGCUGCAAACUGUAGAUUUUAAAGUUAUAAUUUGGAAAUUAAAAUUUGAAGAAGGAGGCAAGCUGCAAAUAAAUCCUGGAAUAAAUAGUGUUUUGGAAGAAAGGGUGGUAAACUAUGAAACAGCUUUGUUUCUAACUAGUUGAUUUUCAUACACAUGGAAAUCUAUCUAUCCGGGAGGCUUUAGAAUAGUAUUCUUCAUAGAGGAGCAUUAAAUAAGAUCACUUUAGGGAAACCCUAAACCUUAUAUGUAUCUCCCACCUGCCAAACCAACGUCAGUUGCAUUCUUAAUUUAUCAUUGUAGAAUCCUUUUAAUGAAGUGGUUGGAGCUCUUAAUGUUGCUUAUGGUUGAUUUCUGAUAGACAAAGCUGUUUUUCAGCAAAAUAAGAACAUUAGAAGCACUAUCUCACAAGGAAUGGGAGAUGUUUUGGUUAAAAAAGUAUUCCCCACAACAUAUGGUCUUUAAAGUCACAAACCUGAGAGGCUGUUCGGUAGUUAUGUGCAGUUCCCCAGCUUGCUAUAUAAGGGGUUAAAUAAUGCAAAGUAGUGUCCACUGACAACUUCUUAAAAUGAUAAACUUUAUACUAUCUCCCACCUGCUACACUAACUUCAGUUUCUUGGGACUGCUCAUUACUAAUAAUUCAUGGAAAAGACAGUUUUUGGUUAAAGGAGUUGCUGAAAGGUUUAACCAUAUACAAACUGAAGCAACCUUUAAAAUCUGAUGCAAUACCCCCUCCUCCAUUAAAUUUUUUUCACAUUUGGAUAAUCUCACAUAAGCAAUAGAUUUUAUUUGUACACAUUUUUCUUACAAGUUCUCCAAAUUUCUAUAAUUCAAUUACACUGAUGAAAAAAUACAUACUAUCAAAUUAAAAUUUAAACCGUAUCAAGUUAACCCUGAAAUACAUUAACAAAAUAAUUUGAUCUGAGCAGUAUUGAUUAUACCACAUAGUUUGAACAAAUUGUACACAUUUUGAAGACAAUACAUUUUUAAAAAAAUUUCUAAAACUUGUAAUUGGGACCUACAGGUAGCAAGUUUUAAGCUUUUACACUGCAUAGCUGUCAACCUAGCAAUGAAUAUUUGGAUAUAACUUUAAAGCGAUAGAAAAUAAAUUGUGCUAACCAAUAUGGAAUUGUAAUAGUUCCACGUGAGAAUGUAAAUCUUUCAGACUAGUUAUUUUGCUUAAUCAUUACAAAGAUAGUUUAAAAAUUGGGAGCCUUCUUUGGUUUUCAAGCCUAAAAAAAUUAAAUGGAUCUUUUGACCUAAAUAUUGAAUACUUUUU